AUGGAAACAAGAAUUCCACUGAUUAUCAUCGAAUCGGUGUUGUUGAGUAGCUCUGUGUUUGUGAACUUGCUUCUACUCCUCAUCACCUAUUUAAUUUAUAGAAGGUUCCGAUCUAGGGAUUCUAAGUUGUCACGACUAGUCCAGAUCAACCAAGCCACAGGUAUGCAGACUUUCACUUAUCAGGAGCUUCAAGAAGCAACAGAUGAAUUCAAAGAAGAACUAGGUAGGGGUGCUUUUGGAACAGUGUACAAAGGUGUUCUUGGAUCUGAGGAUACAAACUUCGUGGUAGUAAAAGUGCUGGCAACAAGGACUGGAGAAAGGGAAAAUGAGUUUGAAAGAGAAGUGAGUGCAAUUGGCCAGACUAACCACAAGCACUUAGUGCAGUUGCUUGGAUUCUGCAAUGAAGGUCAACAUCGACUACUGGUGUAUGAAUUCAUGAGCAACGACACUUUGGCAGAUUUUCUAUUUGGCAUUUCAAAGCCCACCUGCUUCGGCAUUUUGUUGGUUGAGCUCAUCUGCUGCAGAAAGAACUAUGAGCCGGGAGCUGAAAUUGAAGCUCAAAUUGUACUGGUCGACUGGGUGUAUGACUGUUACCUCGAUGGGAAUGUACUUUCGCUCGUGGAGAGUGAUGAGGAGGCAUCAAACGACAUGAGGAGGGUGAGAAGAUUUGUGAUGACAACAUUGUGGUGCAUCCAGGAAGACCUGGCUUUGAGGCUAGCCAUGAAGAAAAUCACUCAGAUGUUGGAAGGAGCUGUUGAAGUCCCAGUACCUCCAUUUUCAAGCUCGUUUAUCAGUUCAAUAUGA